CCGGUUCUUGGUUACUUUCUUGGUCCGUGCCAUCCAUGUCACGUUGGCGAUGUGCAAUUAAACGGAGCCUUUUAUUGCUGGUUGCUUGUCCACAGUGCGGCAGCCCCCAAGAUUGCCUUGAGACAAGCUUGCAACCCAUCGAAUCCAAAUGCAUCCGAGAAGGAACGAAGAGGAUGAUGGGAUCAGAUGCUCUUGGCUCAUGGACCACCUGCUACAAAGUUGAAAGUACAGCCCAGUCCACCUCUGCCUUUCCGGGCAUUCCAGGCAUUCCAUGCCGUCACGUACUAGUACAACCCGAAUUAUCGUGACGACUGGCGAGGCUAAUAACUAAUCCAUUUUGUAAGCAACCAAGCGUCGAAGAGGGCAAAUUUUCGUUCCCAGACGAUCCUGUCUUGGCCGGAAAACGGAGACCGGCCUUGAUGUCGGCAAUGAAAGUAGCCUGCAACAACAAAAUAGGCUACAUACUAGAGUCGACAAAAGUGGAUGAUGCCACCUGACAUACCUAUCCGCCGAUCCGUGUGCCACGUCUUAUUACCUUUCCCGCUGCUGGG